AUGCUAGCCAGGCUGCCUUAGGGGGAGGUGAAAACAAGUGGUCAUGCCAUUAAUGUCCUGUUUGGCUUUUAUGUGAGUUUCAUCUGUGACACCUACAUAGCCCCUGCUUGGACCAGCAGGAUAAAAAGCACUGGUGCUUGUGCAUCUUCUGAUGAGCCACACAGAAUAUAGCAGAAUGGAAGGCAAAGCCACACAAAAGAGAACUUAAGUCAGGUGCCCCAAGCAGAUGACAUCUCCACUCUCUAUUUGUUAGAGGCAGUUAUUUCAAUAGAGCCACUUUCCUGCAGCUACACAGACAUGGAGAUAUUUUGA